GAAACGCGAGUGCAAACCAGAGAGAGUGAGUGAAAGAGAUAGACGGGGUGUGCAGUAAACAGAUCGUUACCAGCGCAAUUCUCUUCUGUAAACCUCUCUAGGAAACAAUAUAGGUGAAUUCUUGUUUUUCGCUUUAACGAAGUAUGAUGCUGUGGUGACGUGAUGUAUUUUUUCCAUUUUCGGCGAGUUUGCCGUUAUGGGUGACGACUCCUGCAAAAGUGGUCUUGACAAAGGCUUGGUAGUGGAAAGAGGAUCAGAGGGAGCAGCGAAAAAGUAGGCUACUGACCGUGAACAUUGAGCUCUCCAAGCAGGCAUAAGUAUGCUGCCAGGAGGAGCAGUGGGUGAAGAGGAGCAAUGAACGGAUUCGUUUAAACUAUGUUCUGGGAAUGGCGCUGGGUCUCGAUGUACCAAGCGCAUGAAGAACGGGGAGAGAGGGGAAAGCUCUUAAGUAUUUACUGUAUCUCGGGUACGGAAAAAAAUCCUGUUUGAUAAGGUCCCUGGAGCCAAAUGUCACAUCUUCCGGAAGCAGUUUGGGCUGGGGCCCAAGAGCACUUGACAGCAGGCUGGGAGGUGGCCAGUGUGACUAGGUGCUCCAGUGCACUCUUAGUCACACCCUGCUUGGGCCCUGCACUGAGCAAGAAGAGGUCUGGAAUGAUCUGAUAUUUCAGCUUAGAUGGCUUAAGUGAAAGAGCCCAUGCACUCUAAUGCGACCACCUUACCAGACAAGAUCUACAAAUGAUCAUGGAUUACUUUAUAGAUUUCCGAUUUAUCUGUAAACUGUACAUAACCAUUGCAAAAUACCAUUUUAGAGGACUCUUUUUGUGCUGGCUUUGCUAAGUUUCCUUUUUACUCCCUCAGAACUGUGGUUUUGUCUGUUUUUGUCAUUUCUUACCCCUAUUUUUCAUUAUGGAGUUUCAAGCUGGAUUUUGGAAUAAUGAUUGGACUUCAUUUUUUCAGUUCUGUAUAACAGUGUUGUUAAGCUUGCAUAUGCAGUCAAGCCCUGUCUACCCCUGUCCUGAAGAGUGCCGUUGUGAUAAAACAUUUGUUUACUGUAAUGAGAGGAGCCUCACGUCUGUGCCUCUGGGGGUGCAAAAGGGAUCUGAGACCCUCUUCCUCCACAACAAUCAGAUCAACAAUGCCGGCUUUCCAUUGGAGCUACACAUGGUUGCUUCUGUAGAGACUGUUUACCUAUAUGGAAACCAGCUGGAUGAAUUUCCCCUCAACCUUCCCACACAUGUUCGAGUGCUUCACCUCCAGGAAAACAACAUCCAGACUAUUUCCAGGGCAGCACUAGCUCAGCUAGCCAUGCUGGAGGAACUCCACCUGGAUGACAACUCGAUCUCUACUAUAGGAGUAGAAGAGGGGGCAUUUAGAGAGGCUGUCAGUCUCAAGCUUCUUUUCCUCACUAAAAACCAUUUGAGCAGCAUACCUAUCGGAUUACCAGCAGAUCUGAAGGAGCUGCGAUUGGAUGAGAAUCGCAUCGCUGAUAUCAAUGAGGAUGCCUUUCAGAAUGUCACCACACUACAACGACUGUUGCUGGAUGGAAACCUACUGGAGGAUGGGGACAUUGCUCCUGGGACCUUCCAGGAUCUUGUGAACCUCAAAGAGCUCUCGCUGGCACGCAAUUCACUCACCACUCCACCACCACUGCUCCCUGGUACAUCCCUGACUAAACUCAAUCUGCAAGAAAAUCAGGUUGACAGUAUUGAUGUGGCUGCCUUCUCUGGGCUUAAAAAACUGGAGAGGUUAGAUAUCUCCAGCAACCAGCUUCAGUUUCUUCCACCAGGUGUCUUUGACGGCUUGAGAAACCUGAGAUACCUUAAUGUGAGAAACAACCUCUGGCGGUGUGAUUGCAGCAUUAAGUGGGUCAUUGCUUGGCUUAGGUCUCUGCCAUCUUUGGUAAAUGUCCGUGGAUUUACAUGCCAAAGUCCAGAGAGGGUUCGUGGCAUGGUAAUCCGAGAACUGACCUUAGAUGCCAUUGACUGCCCAGCAGGCACAGUGCUGCAUCCCUGGCCCACCCAUUCAUAUCCAUCCACAUUAUCACCCCGCAAGACCUCCAUUAUCACCACUCCUGGAUCUGCUCACUUCACUACCAUUGCAUCCAAUGCUUUUAACCCUACCUCAGCCAACCCGACACCCCCAGUACCACAUUUCCCUCUUUUUGCCCUACCUCCCUAUGAGGACCCUUUAAAAAUGUCCUUUCAUGUUGUUAACUCUACCUGUAUUGACAUGAGCUGGGAAUCCUACUUUACUGUGAGAGCUUACAAAGUGAGAUGGGUUAAGAUGGGGCAGAGCUUAAUGAGUGACAUCACUCGAGAAAGAACAGUCCCGGGAUACCAGCGCCAGCUAAGCCUAACAAAUCUAGAGCCACAUUCUCUCUAUCGCAUUUGCGUGUAUGUUCUUGAUAAUCUUAACACUUAUAGGCCAGGGGAGGAUACUAUCUGUUCUGAGGCAAAGACCAAAUCCACAUAUACAUAUUCUGAAUCUGAGCAGGCUGCUCAGCAAGACAACACCUCCACACUUUUAUUGGCUGGAGUAAUAGGUGGAGCAGUUUUGGUGGUUUUAGUGACACUUCUGAGCUUGUUUUGCUGGCACAUGCACAAAAAAAACAGGUCAUUAUCAUCAACCAAUUGGAAGUACAAUCAUGGCAGGAGACAAGAUGACUACUGUGAGGCCGGCACCAAAAAGGAUAACUCCAUUCUGGAAAUGACUGAAACAAGCUUUCAGAUAGUGUCUUUAAACAAUGAGCAGCUUUUAAAAGAGGACAGAAUUAAUCACAUUUACACUCCUAAUGGAGGAACUGGCCCCAGAGACGGUCACAUUAGUAACAACAGCAUAGGUUACUGCAAGAGCAGCGGUGUUCCCAGUGUGGGCUUCUGCCGCACAUGAUGCUUUUCAAUGGGUGCUACACCAUUUGUUCAAGGAAAAAUGCAGUUGUGGUGUAUAUACUGUACAAUACACGUAUACAUAUAUUUUUUAUUCUUAGUAAAUAUGAAAUGGUUUUAGAAAAUGGAGGCUGAAAGUGGUUUGGUUUAAGGAUGCUGUAGUUUUCUUUUUUUUAUAUAAUGAGAGCUUGUUGGCUACCUGGUAUAAGCGCAGUCCUGCUUCUUGACCACUUUUAGAUAAUUAAACCGUUAUUAACCACAGUAUAUCCCACUUUUUUGCUGAAAAAUAGCUACCCCUUCACACAACCAUAGUCAAGAAAACACAGUGGUCAGGAAACAUACACACUGUGGGGUUUUUUUUUGCAAAUGAAGUGCACUUUCUUAAUACAGGGGAGAGCAUGAGCAGUCAUUCAGGAAAUUAGCUUUUGUGGAAAUCACAUUGACGUAAAAAGGACCACUGUUCAUCACCUGGAAAUUCACACAGUAAGAGGUGAACAGCAGUGAAUGUGGUGUAGGGAGAUGAAGCAUUAUCAGGCAUGUCUCAUUUAUCCACCAGGGGGCAGCUUGUUUCAGUGUACACAUAUAUUAGCAAAUCAAUAGACAAACAGUUAACUUAACAGUUUUAGUGUUGUAAACCUUAUCAUUCAUAGGCAAUAACCCAAGGUAAAGAGAUAAUAUCCAAAUUAAACUCUUUGAACUUACAGUGUUUUUGUUAUUUUUUUGUGUUUUUUGUAAUGCAACAGUGAUAAAUGGCAACUUUAUGAUUAUUUACCUUUUGUAUACAGUAAUUAGCCAUUACAUUUUCUGUAAAUUAUAAAUUAGGCCAUGACAUUUACAAUUUUGCAUUUGGCAGAAAUUUUUGUCCAGAAUCAUUUAUAACCCAGAAACUUGCUGUUUCCAUACUUACACCAGUGUGAGUUCAGUAUACAUAGAUCACAAUGAAUCACUCAUGCUUUGAAAUGAAUGUUAUCAUAUCCAUUCAUCAGCAACAUAAUGGAAAUCCACACAAUUAUCUUGCUUUUGCUUUACUGAUCAAGACCCAUUUUUAAUCAACAAUCAUUCAGAUCCUUGUAUGAGUGCAAUUAGGACUAUUUUUUAAAUGGUCCACCAGAUAUAUAUAUAUAUAUUGAAUAUAUCCAGGGCAGAGAGCCAAGUUUGGAAUCCAGACUUGCUGUGGAUAGGUAUUUAUCAUGCACUGUUACUCAAAAACUUUACUUGCAUUGACAAGAUUUUAUUUUGUGGGCUGAGUUGAAACCCUCGCUGCACAAUCCCUGGCCCAUGAAAGAGAGAAAAUAUGCAGUUUUUUGACUGGCUUUAGGAUUUAGGAUGGGGUAGGGGAUUGUAGUAAGGUGGAAGUUCUAAUUGAUGGAGUUAACCCUUCAUUGCCCUCUAGCUUGGCACAAAGGUCAGACUAGAUCACCGAAUAGACCAAUUUGGAGUCGAUGUCACGGUUACGUCACUGCCAGCUACGCGCGCAUGCUGGUUGCAGCAAAACAGUGGAAACAAAGCAGCAAUGAGUGAAAUGGAGGAGACAAUUCCUUCAAAAACGUGUUUUUGUGUUGUUGAAUGUCAGAAUAGGAAUGGCAAAAAUUAUGGUAUUAUCUAAUAUGGAUACCCUCAUUGAAUAUGCCAUUUUAAGCUAAACAAGUCAUUAAACAAACAGGCUGGACUGACGAAAUCAUCCGGAUCUGUGUUUAUUUUAUUUCAGGUAAGGUUUUCUAUAAUCUUUCAAAGUCUAACUAUUCUACGUUAGAAAGGCUAUCUCUUCCGGGUUUUUCUGCAACCAAGAUGCGCGCGCAUCCCAAAUGUUAAAUUUAUAAUUAGCCUAUACUCAUUUUGCAUCCAAACUGCUCCUGGCAUUAACUGAAAACGAACAGAUGUUUGAUUUCAAUGACUAGUAUGUCUGCAUUUGAGGAAUACUUUGUUGAGCUUGACCUUGCACAGACUGUAAACACCCGUUUUUUUUUCAGUAGCACAAACAAAAUGCUGUAUUAAAGGAAAAGGGGCUUCUACACAUUUGUGGUCAAGAAAGUAUUUCUCCUCUGCAUCCAGCAGGCUGUUUCAACCACGUGUCUCUGAUUCGGUUAGAAUCUGGAUCAUCCUUAAGCUCCAUUCUUCAUUGAAAGGCUUUAACUGAUGUGUACCACAUUAAGAAUUCAUUUCAAAUCCUGUGGACACCCGUAACUCUAUUUAACAGACUUCCUCCAAGCUGUGUGAAGUCCAGUGCGAUUGUCAGGCUCAGCUUCCCUGAGAGGUGUUUGUGGUGGAGGAGACCCAAAAUUAAAAUUUAAAGUAAAUGUAGUCUAAGCAUUGGGGGACAUCGUACAUUACAUUAUUCCUGCUACCUAAGGUUGUUUGGAGGUUGUUUUAGCUGGAUCAUUACCAAAACCUGAAAAUAUUUCAUAUUAAACAUGAGCAGUUUUAUAUAUUGCCUUAAAGUAAUAUGUCAGCAAUAUGUCUUAAUGUAUUCAUUUAUGUAAACUAAUGUUUAAUCGGAGGAAUUUGAUAUUGUUUAAAACAGAGAUCUUCCGUUCCCAUAAUCAUACCCAACAGUCAAUCUGUUUCUUAAAAAAGCACAUUGAUUUGGUCUGGAAUAUUUACUUUAAAAGACUGUGAUGUCAUUCUGAACAAAGCACAAGCACAAAUGUGGCCACAAUGUGGCUAAAUAUGUCAUAGACCUUUGUGUGUCCUUUUCAUUG